CAGAGCCGACAGCGUGUGAUUAACUUGGCUCUGCUAGUCAGAGCUGCCCACCCGCUGAUCCUUUCUAAUAGCCUGUGAUCCCCAAAGGCAGCUCCUGGAGCAGAGCCGGGGCGGUUGCACAAUCGCAGAUGGGGAGGAAGAGGCUGCAGGCAGGCUGGAGGGUCUCUGCCAGACAGCCUCCAUGGUGGGGCGAUUUGGGACACCUGAUGCUGAGCCCUCCAGGUGUCUGCCUGGGGAGCGAGCACAGCCUGUCCCUGCAGAGCUAACGGCUGGUUAUUCCAGCCAGCCCUGAAGGCAGCCAUAGACUCUCAGCUCCCCUUUCUUCAGGGCAAUUUCAGCUCUAUAUCCUGAUCUUCCUCUCCUGCCCACCGUUCUCCUGAUGGCACAGGGAAGGGCUUUAAACCCUCGGUUACCCACCCGCUUCCCAGCAGGCUGGGGGAGCCCCGGGCGUGUUCCUCGGCUGCCCGCUGCUUUCCCCCCGACACGGGGCUGGAUGCGGUGGGCUCUGACUCCCAGCUGGGGAGUUACUGUGCUGCAAACUGUUCUCAGCAGUUGCAUCUUGUUGCCUUUGUUUCUAGACACAGCUGUGGUCCAGGGACAGGGGAGGGCCCCUGUGUAAAUCAGGGCUUUGCUGGUUGCUUAGGGAUUAUUAUUAUUAUAGUUUAGGAGAAAAGGGACGGGAGGUAAAAGAGAGGACCUGUAACUGAGGGCUGAGGGGAUGUCUGAGGUUUGGAGCAGCAGAGGCUUGGAUGAAAAUACCAAUCCAGGGAUUCCGAUUCAGGCACAGGGUCUGUUUUGGGGAGUGGACCCUGCGCACUCGUUGGCACCAGCCGUACUGCUGCUUCUCCAUCAAGGCUGAUAUGUGAGAUGGGUGUGUACCGUGUGGCUCCAAAACUCUGCUCUAAUAAAGAAAUACAUUUCCUCCCCAAUAUUCAAGCUGUUGGGUGUUCCUUGCUUUUGGGAGGUGCUUUAAAUGUGACUGCCAGAGCCGUGGGCUGCUAAGAGCAGAAGCUGGCUGCACGAUGCUGAGCUCAGGUCUUCCUCCUGUUUUCCUGUUGCUCACAGCGCUGGAGCUGAGCUGGUCCCUGAGUGAUGAAGAAAAGAAGAUCAUCUUGGAUGAACAUAAUAAAUACCGCUCCCAGGUCUCUCCUCCUGCUAUGGAUAUGCUGAAGAUGACCUGGGACACGGAGCUGGAGGCCUUUGCUCAAGCCUAUGCAGAGAAGUGCAUCUGGGACCACAACAAGGAUAGGGGACGGCGGGGGGAAAACCUCUUCGCUAUGGCCCCGACCCUGGACCUGGAAUUCGCCGUGGAAGACUGGAACGGGGAGGAGAAAUACUACAACCUGACAACUUCCACGUGUGUCCCUGGGCAGAUGUGUGGCCACUACACCCAGGUGGUCUGGGCAGGCACGCAUCAGAUCGGCUGUGGGGCAAAGUUUUGUGAGAAGAUCAGCGGAAUCGAAACAGAGGACAUGUACCUGCUUGUUUGCAACUACUAUCCUCCGGGUAAUAUGAAAGGCCGAAAGCCGUACAAGGAAGGACCUUCAUGCUCACAAUGUCCCGAGGGCAGAGUCUGUGUCAACUCCUUGUGUGAACCCACUGUAGAAGAGACCACUCCAGCCCCUGUGACAACAAAGGCAAGCCCAUCUGCCCCAACCACAGCCAUGCCAAAACCCACAACCACAGCCAAACCAGAACCCGCAACACCAGUGCCCACCACAGCCAAGCCAAGACCCACAACCACACUUCAAACCACAACCACAGCCAAGCCACCACCCAAAACCACGCUCCCAACCACAGCCAAGCCACCACUCAAAACCACACUUCCAAUCACAACCACAGCCAAGCCACCACCCAAAACCACUCUCCCAACCACAACCACAGCCAAGCCACCACCCACAACCAUGCUCCCAGACGCAGCCAAACCAGUCACAACCGUGCUCCCAGCCACUACAGCCAAGGCGCCACCCACAGCCACACUCCCAACCACAGCCAAGCCAAAACCCUCAACACCAGCAACCAUCACAAUGGCAGCCAAGCCAAAACAUGCCACCACACUCCCAACACCAACCCCAGCCAAGCCAAAACCUGUAAUACCAGCAGCCACCACAGCCAUGGCCAAGCUAAAACCCACCAUGCCAGCACCCACCACAGCCACUGCCAAGCUAAAGCCCACCACAACAACCGCUACCGCUAAGCCAACACCCACCACACCAAAACCCACCACAACGGCCAAGCCAACACCCAGCACACCAAAACCCACCACACCAAAAACCACCACAACAGCCAAGCCAACACCCACUACACCAAAACCUUCCACAAUCACUACUACAGCCAAGCCAACACCCAGCACACCAAAACCCACCACAACGGCCAAGCCAACACCCACCACACCAAAAACCACCACAAUGGCCAAGCCAACACCCACCACACCAAAACCCACCACAAUGGCCAAGCCAACACCCACCACACCAAAACCCACCACAAUGGCCAAGCCAACACCCACCACACCAAAACCCACCACAACGGCCAAGCCAACACCCACCACACCAAAACCCACCACAAUCACUACUACAGCCAAGCCAACAGCCAAGCCAACACCCACCACACCCAAACCUUCCACAACCACCACCACAGCCAAGCCAACACCCACCACACCAAAACCCACCACAAUCACUACUACAGCCAAGCCAACAGCCAAGCCAACACCCAGCACACCCAAACCUUCCACAACCACCACCACAGCCAAGCCAACACCCACCACACCAAAAACCACCACAAUCACUACUACAGCCAAGCCAACACCCACCACACCAAAACCCACCACAACGGCCGAGCCAACACCCACCACACCAAAACCCACCACAACAGCCAAGCCAACACCCACCACACCAAAACCCACCACAACGGCCAAGCCAACACCCAGCACACCAAAACCCACCACAACGGCCAAGCCAACACCCAGCACACCAAAAUCCACCACAACAGCCAAGCCAACACCCAGCACACCAAAACCCACCACAAUCACUACUACAGCCAAGCCAACACCUGCCACACCCAAACCUUCCACAACCACCACCACAGCCAAGCCAACAGCCAAGCCAACACCCACCACACCAAAACCCACCACAGCCAAGCCGACAGCCACCACACCAAAACCCACCACAGCGAAGCCAACACCCACCACACCAACACCUACCACCACUACAGCCAAGACAAAACCUGCCACUACAACAUCAGCAAAGCCAAAACUCACUACUGCAACACCAGCACGUACCACAACAGCAAAGACACAAACAAAAGCUGCCCCAACCACACACCCAAAACCCACUGAAAUGGAAAGAUCCAAUCCUACUGAGGCGGCUGGGCUAACGCUUUCGUUUGAGCCCACAUUAGACCUGGAUUAUAAAGUAUCUCCAGAAGUAGGUGUAGGCACUGGAGAGCCCAUUAGCCCCUUAACUACGGAGGAUCCGGCCUUAUUAGAAAGCACACCCUUCGGCCCUAAAUCAGUCCCAGAAACAAAUAAAGGUAUCAAAGAGGAAGGGAAAGAGAAAUCAGCCUUUUCCAGUCCACAUCCAUCCCUCACCCAAAUCGUUCCAGAGAUCAAGUUAGGUUUCAAUAAAGCUGAGCUCAUAACCCCCUCAAAGUCAGUGGUCUUCAGCCCUGAAGAGCCCACCUUCUUGCGCUUAACAUCAUCUUCCAAUGAAAAAAAAGGGCAGAGCCCUCCUUUCCAGACCUCCCUCUCAGCAGGUGCCCUGGACACUGAAGAAUCAGAGACAAACUCCGACCAGACAAGCAUGGAUCAGCCCAUGGCUGGAGCCCCCAGCACCUGCCUGGGGCUUUCACUCUUCCUCCUACCCAGUGUCAUCCUGGUGGGCCUUCUGCUUUGAAUGGUCUUUCUCAGCUGUCCCUGCACCAGUCACCAAGGCUUUCUUCAGCAUUGGUUGUUCCACAACCCUGGUAGGCUUGGGAGACACCACGGACACUUCAGGCUGACACGCUCUCUUCUUACGCGGCCUUAUCUGCGCCAGCCCUGACGAGCCAAGGGCAGCUGGCAGUCCCAUGGGAACUUGGUCCCCUUCCUGAGGAGACCCAAGGGCAGGAGGGUGUCUGCCAUAAUGCUGGUGACCUUGGACGCUUCUCCUUUCUUCCCAGCCAGCCUGGGCAUCUGGUCCAUUUUCAAGCUGGAAACGAUGAGCUAUCCCACCCACCUGUGUGGCUGGCAGGCCCCACCACACCCUGUCCCCAGGGAAAGCAGGACGACUUGGAAACCCGAGUGGCGAUGAGACGUGCUCAUUGGUUUUGGUGUUUGUACAUGAGACAUAGUGAUUGGGUUUGGCGUUUGUUGGACGACUUUCCAACAGAAAUGCUCUUUUCCCCUCCUGAUGUGUCUGUUUAUCUCAAUUUUGGAGAAAUUUCACCUUUUCCCUUCUUGUCCAAGAAGAGUGCCUUUUUUCCCCCCCCAGGAGAGGAUUUCUAUUUCCUUCCUGGUUCUAGUGCACCUAUGGCCAGUAUCACCCAGCUGUACUCCUUUCUCUUCCCCACACAUCUGGAACACUUGCGUCCUUCCUCUCUUCUCUCUACCACAUGUACCCGUUCCACAGUUAGUCCAUUGCCAUGGCUUUAUUUUACGCGUGUGCCUGCACCUGUGUGCGUGCACAGAAGAAAUAUCUUCAGUGCUACCGGCUCCUUCAUAGAGCUUUCUUCUGCAUGGCUUCCUUCUUUGCGUAACUUAAGUGUAUUCGAAUUUAGAUACAGAUCCCAAGUGACAUAUAUUUUCCAUGUGGUGGAACCUGGUCCAGGAGAAACAAGUCAUCACAUGUGUUGGUACAAUUUGAGCUCAAGAGAGCCAAGUGAAUGAUGUUAGAGGUUACCAGUGGUUCCAGGACUUGCUGGAGGACCACUUCCAUUGUCUGGGACACGGAGUGUUUUAUUCUCCCAUGUCUUUGCUCCCUUCACCUGAGGAUUCCCAGUAAGGUGUGUUAAAUAUGUGACAAGCUUUGCAGACCGGUGGAAGGGACUAGGAGAUACGGUCCCUUCUCUAGUUGUUGCAUCCUUUGAUUUCUUAAACACAUGAGGUGGAGAAUGACCUGAAGGCCAAUAUUUGUGUCCUCCUCCAUGAUGCUGUGUCCUGUGCAUCUCGAGAGCAUGCACCGAAUAAAUCCUGGUGUG